CGGCGGAAAUUGCAGAACAGGCUUAACCAGCGGGCCAGUAUGCGAAAGAAGGAAUUGCGGAAGCAACAACAGGAGAAGAGCCAGUUUAGCAAAUGGAUCUUUUAUGUAGACCCAAGGACCGAAGACGGGCAGCCGCUGGAUCGAAAGCAGCAUCAAUGGCGGCUUGCUCAAACGCAAACAGAGUCGAUAAAUGCUUGGGAAGAAUCCACGAGCGACCGAGGUGUCUUUUUCCGUCGGCUCUAUGAAUUGGUUUCUCGCCAUGUUGCGCAGCACACGCUGGACAGUCAGUUGCUGUUGUCGGUGAUGCAGUUCAACGUCAUCCGGGCCGCGGGAACAAAUGCGGCGGCUAUCGGCAUAGGGAUGGAUGCCAUGGCCGAAGAUAUCAUAUCGCCUUUCUACGCCGGCGAGCUGCAGCUUAUACCGCCGAAUCUGCACCCGACGGCGCUGCAGAAGCUAGUCAUCCAUCAUCCUUGGAUUGACGUCUGCGCUCAGCCUUCCUUGCGGGACGCGCUGCUAAGGCGAUUGCAUAAUGGUCUAGAUGAGGAUGAGUUUUGCCAUCACAUGUUUCUACAGUGCGGCGGGUCGGACAAAGACGGCAUGAUAGGAAUGGUGGUAUGGGGAGAGGCUUGGGAUCCCGCGUCAUACGAGAUCUCGGCCACUAUGGUACGCAAGUGGCCGUGGAUUGUGAACGAGUGUCCAGACAUUAUCAGGACGACAAACUACUGGCGGGCGAAGAGGCAGGAGGGUCCAUUGAAGAUU